CACGUGUUCAGUAGCUAGGCAACAGUGGUCGACGCCAAGAAGUCGAAAACGUUUCGAAGAAGAUAAAAACAGCAACCUCAAGACAAACUCGGGCCUUGUAGUUGAAGGUAAAAUAAGGUAACCAAACACUACCGAGAUGUCCCGCUCGACAUCCAAGGCCCAAGCUGACAAGGGUAAGGCACCUGCUCGAGUGUCCCCACCGCCCGCCCAAGAACCGGAAGAGGAAGACAUUAUCCCUGGCUGUCUGACUCAGAGCCAAUGGAUGGACAUGUUGGUCCAAGAAGAGGCGGAGGAUGUAGUUGGGGAAAUAAUGGCUGAUCUGAUGACCAAUGUCAUGGAAGGAUGUUAUAGGGUCCACAUUGAAAGACAGCUAUCAUGUUUCACUGCAUUCUGGGCCAAGGAUUACUUCAUACAGACGGUGGAGCAGAAACUCAUGUGCCAAGAUAGAUGGGAAGAUGCAAUGGAACUGUCCGCAACAGAAGACUCAGAACCAAACCCAAUCAAUCCAGAUGUCUGGGCAGAAGGAUGUUUUCCUGUUAUACAUGGAGCACCCCCUUCUGAGCCUGCGUCACUUCAGAUCACCCAGGAAGCCAAUACUUGCGAGGACCUUGAACCAGCACCUACUGAAGAAAAUCAGCUAAAUGUUCCCACACCACAAACCAGCAUCUUCCCUGAGCAGUCUGAAAGAAAAAUAAGUGCAAGCAGGGAUGUCCGUGACAAGAUUUGCCAAGAACCAAGUCCUUACCCAAAACAAAACGUUUCCACCAGGAAAAAACAAAAAGCUUCUUUACUGCCAAAGCUUGAGCAAAAUCCUGUCUCGCCACCCGUGCCAUGUGCUGCAGAAAAACUGAGAACCAAGGGUGAAAAUAAAGUCCCUUCAGGUUCUAAAUAUAUACCCACAUCAUCACAACAACCAAAGUGGAAUCAAAUUAUACCUAAGCUUGAUCAUUCUUCCUUGCCUCAACACUGGAUCACUCCUCAAUAUGAGAUUGACAAAUGCACAAAAUCUAGCAUAAAAAAAUCAAGUGGACAAGCCAAAAUGUCACCCGUGUCUAAUACUCAGCAGAGUGGCGUAAUGGAAACGCCUUGGAAUCCUGCCAACCAAGGUAAGUCAGAGAGGUUGUCUCCCAUUAAGGAUGAGAGGAUGAUCGCACGAGCUUUGAGGAUGGACACCAUGGAUUUGGCCAAAGGUGUUUCUGUCAUGGGUGCCCCGAGAACACAGAUGGUCCCACUCCCAUUCAAAUCACAAGCUCAGUGUCCCACGCUGAGGCCGAUAAACAGUCAGUGUGUAAAAUCAUCUUUCCCCAUGGAUCAGUUGACGACACAACAUCCACCUCAGGUUACCCACUUGUUGCCGUCUGACAAAUUUAACUUUUGAUUGAUUUAUUUAUGACUCAAAUAAUGAAUAAAUUCACCUUCUUCAACUUUUGUU